CUCCGAGCGUGCUUAAUUUAGGAUCUCAACAGCAAAGUAGCCUGUAAUGCAAUAUAAUCAGACUAUUGAAUGACUGUACGACUGAACAUGUCUAUUUUAAUAUGAAAGGUGUGAUAAUGGUAAGCAUUACUAGUUCAAAUAGAGUCUAGAAAGAGGUGAAUUAGCAUAUGUCAAGAGUGAAUUUACAUAUACGGAAUGUAUUUAAACAGGAGUCUAAUCUAAUCCAGUUAUUCAGACACAACAGCACAAGCUAGAGGCUUCCACAAGAAGUACCUGGACUUUUAGAAAAAAAAAAAAGAAACCUGGAGACGACAGCAAGAAUUAAUAACACUUGUUUCUUACUAAAAACACACACCAAACAGAUUUUGAUUUUUAAAAGGACGCGUUUUAAUGUAGUAGUUACUUUUUUGAUUUAAUUACUGGAUCUCUGCUGCAGUGUGAAUUGAUCAGCUCUCCGAUGGCUCCUUUAGCCGAAGUAGGGAGCUUCUUUGGCGGUCUGGAUGGUUUUGGACAUGUCGGUUCACAUUUCCUUCUGCCUCGUGCUGGGGAUAACCCUAUUCUGAGUGAUCACCUGGCUCAGAACGAAAGACUGUCCCGCAGCACAUCUACGGAUUUAGCCCAUUUACAGGGCAUCCUUCGGAGGAGGCAGCUGUACUGCAGAACUGGUUUUCACUUAGAAAUACACCCUGAUGGUACUGUGCAAGGGACAAGGAAAGAUCAUAGUCGAUUAGGUAUUUUGGAGUUUAUAAGUGUUGCAGUUGGACUUGUCAGCAUACGAGGAGUGGACAGUGGUCUUUAUUUAGGAAUGAACGACAAGGGAGAACUUUUUGGCUCUGAAAAGUUAUCAGCAGAAUGCAUCUUCAGGGAGCAAUUCGAAGAAAACUGGUACAACACUUAUUCUUCCAAUCUUUACAAACAUGGUGACAAGGGAGGCCGGUAUUUUGUAGCACUAAACAAAGAUGGCACUCCAAGAGAUGGGACUAGAUCCAGACGGCAUCAAAAGUUCACACACUUCUUGCCAAGACCAGUAGACCCGGAAAGAGUGCCAGAGUUGUACAGAGAUGUGUUGGGAUACAGCUGAAACGCAGCAGCUUUUUUUAAUGAAGGAAAUAUCCUCAACCCAGGUUUCCAUGGAAACAAGGAUGUAAACGUACCAGCUUCCUAAAGCAGCAGGGUUAUUAGAAGGCUGGUUUUGAGACCUGUACUCAAAGAGAACAAUCAAGUUUCUGUGCCAGGAAGAUAGUUCAGCAUGUCUGACAAGAACGAGUGAAAGCAAGAGCUGUGUGUGGCUUGUAGGCUUUAUUGAUACUACUUCAAGUAGAAGACAAAAGGAAAUUGGAAAUUUAAAUUAUUAUGCUGCUGAUGUCUCCCAUUUGGAAUAUGUAGUAAGCCGAAGUAGUAUCAAAACAUCUACCUGUGGGAGAACACUCCUUUCAUGAGAUGGAGUAUCUGCAGAAAGAAUUUAUUGCAUUGUUGGACAAACCAUUUCUCCAUUUAAAAUCUGAACUGUGAAGAAAGUUAUUGUGACUGUAAAAUCAAACAUUGCAAUCAAUGAACGUUAAAACUGGAUUGAUCACUUACCAAAGUUAUGCCUUUCCAGGAUGGAUUUAUUUAUGCAAUUCCAGAUUACAUUAGAAAAAAAUAUGUAUUUUUUAUAUUUAUUUAUUAAAGAGUUUAUUUUUUUUUACUGAAAUAAGUACAAUAGGAUACAUUUUCUUUGCCAAUAUUUAUUCAGAUGUUGUAAUUAUGAAGAUAAAAGAUUGCAUCAUAACUCAAUCUAAAAUAUAAUUUUUGUAACAUCUUUUAUAAAGUAUAGUUUAGGGUAUAUUUUUAAAUUAAUGUUGUUUCCUAAAAGAAAAUUCAUAUAAAAAGCCUUGAUUUGUAUGCAGUGCAGUAAACAUUCAA